ACUAGCUACAAACGUAAUUUUAUUCCUAUUUACAUACGGAUUAUAUCUCUCUAUGACUAUAUAUAUAUCUAGUCCGUCCUUUAAAAACAUCAUUCAGUUCAAUAAACAACCACUGCACGUCUGCACCCUUUUCCCUCUCCUCCUAGACUCCUAGUGUUGCCGCCUUGCCGGCCACCACGCACCACCGUACCAGUUUGUCGACGACGAUGGCGUCCUAUUAUUAUGUUGUUGUUAUGAUAAUAUUUAGUAGUUUAUUAAUGUCAUGUAUUACUGUCGAGGCUGCUGAAACCCGGUAUUACAAGUGGGAUGUUAAAUAUGAACUAAAAUCUCCAGAUUGUUACAGGAAGUUAGUGAUUACUAUUAAUGGCAUGUUUCCUGGACCCACUAUUACUGCUGAAGAAGGUGACACUAUUGUUGUUCAAGUUACCAACAGCUUGUUAACUGAGAACACUGCUAUCCAUUGGCAUGGUAUUCGUCAGAUUGGAUCACCAUGGUCUGACGGAACCGAAGGCGUUACACAAUGUCCUAUUGUACCCGGAGACACUUUUGAAUACAAAUUUGUUGUUGACAGGGCUGGAACAUACUUGUACCAUGCCCACUACGGGAUGCAGAGAGAAGAAGGAUUGAAUGGGAUGAUUCAAGUUAAGCCUGCUCGUGGACAGCGAGAGCCCUUUGUGUAUGACUUUGAUCGUAGUAUCAUGCUUACAGAUUGGUACCACAAGACUGCUCUUGAACAUGCCAUUGGCUUGAGUUCUGUUCCCUUUGUCUGGGUCGGUGAACCUCAGUCACUCCUAAUCCAAGGAAGAGGUCGGUACAACUGCUCGUCUGUCAGCAUUGCCUCUGACCCUGAUGUCUGUAACGCUACCCGAUCCGAUUGCUCGCCGUUUGUCUUGACUGUUGUUCCUGGGAAGAUUUAUCGCCUAAGGAUUGCUAGCUUAACUUCAUUAUCUGCACUCAACUUUGAGAUUGAGGGGCAUAACAUGACGGUGGUUGAGACAGAUGGGCAUUUCGUUGAGCCAUUUGAAGUCAAGAACUUGUUCAUCUACUCAGGAGAGACGUACUCUGUCCUUGUGACGGCCAACCAAGACCCUUCAAGGAACUAUUGGGCCACAACUAAUGUUGUCAGCCGAAGGCCCGGAACUCCAACGGGUCGAGCCAUCUUCAACUACUACCCAAAUCACCCGGAGAAGAACCCACCAACUGUCCCUACCACAGGCCCGAUGUGGAACGACUCCACAUCAAGGGUAGCCCAAAGCCUAGCCAUUAAGGCGCGGGAGGGGUUCAUUGAAACCCCACCUGCGACCUCUGACAGAGUAAUAAUGCUCCUCAACACUCAAAAUAGAGUUAAUGGGUUCACGAAAUGGGCCGUUAAUAAUGUAUCCUUCACCUUACCCACCACCCCAUACCUAGUGGCUCUCAAGGAAAACAGGCUGAGGAACAAACUCCACCACGUGUUCGACCAAAGCCCGCCUCCUACGGGCUAUGAUUGGCUAAACUAUGACAUCCAUGUCAACCAAUCUAAUGUCAAUGCCACCACAAGUAACGGCAUCUAUCGUCUUAAGUUUAACACUACUAUUGACAUUGUGUUACAAAAUGCAAACAUGAUCAACCCGAACAACAGUGAGACCCACCCGUGGCAUUUGCAUGGGCAUGACUUUUGGGUGUUGGGACAUGGAGUGGGAAAGUUUGACCCGUUCAAUGACCCGAAGAAAUACAACUUGGUUAACCCGAUAUUGAAGAAUACGGUUCCUCUUCAUCCAUACGGGUGGACUGCUAUAAGAUUCCAAGCUAAUAAUCCGGGUGUUUGGUUGUUCCAUUGUCAUAUUGAUUCUCAUUUCGCAAUGGGUAUGGGAAUUGUUUUUGAAGAAGGAAUUGAAAGAGUUGGAAAAUUGCCUACCUCCAUUAUGGGCUGUGGACUCACCAAACGCCUCAUUACUCCUUAGUUCUUCCUUGGGCUAAUUUAGCACUCUUUACUCCCAAUACCAAAAACAUUCUUUUAUUUUUCAUACCAAGUGUUUGUGUAUAUACAUCAAUACAUGUAUAGGGAGUGUAAGUUAUUCGGAUAAAGACCCAAGUAUAGUCGAAUGCGAAACAUUUUGUAUUAAAUCUGGAUUCAGAAAAUUUUAAUGAAGACUUCCUUGAUAAUAAAAGUUCGGAAAUUUGAUUUGA